GCGUGCUUUAUCCUAUAACCCAACUGAAGCAUUUCUCAGAGAAACCAAAACAUCGCGUUGCCAUGGGAGGAGCAGCGAAGACCCUCCUCACUCUCUCCCUCUCCUCUAAUCUCUUCACUCUCUCUCGUCUCCCUGCAUCAGCCAGACGCUUCUCUCUCCCCAAACCCACCACCAGGGUUUUACCAGGGUUUAGGCCCCUCUGCACCGCCACGACCACCAUCACUCCCAUUCAACUCGAAGACCAAGAAGACCUGCUUCAACCCCUCAAGCAUUCUGUCCUUCUCGAGAGGCUCAGGCUCAGGCACCUCAAAAGCUCUGCCCCAGCAGGCUCGAAGCCGAAUGGGUCUGGGGAGAGGCAAAGGGAGGAGAGUAGUAAGUCAGGGAGUAAGAAGAAGAUUGAGGUUGGCAGUUUUGGGGAGUUGGGUUUGAGUGAGGAGGUGUUGGAGGCUUUGAAGGAGAUGGGUAUUGAAGUUCCGACAGAGAUUCAGUGCAUUGGGAUUCCUGCAGUGUUGGAAGGGAAGACUGUUGUCUUGGGUUCUCAUACUGGCUCUGGCAAGACUCUUGCUUACAUGUUGCCUCUUGCUCAGCUGCUGAGGAGGGACGAGGCCCAAAAUGGUAUUGUAAUGAAGCCCAGGCGACCUCGAGCUAUUGUAUUAUGCCCCACUAGAGAGCUGUCUGAGCAGGUGUUUCGUGUUGCCAAGUUCAUUAGCCAUCAUGCAAGAUUCAGGUCCACUAUGGUAAGCGGUGGGGGUAGGUUGAGACCCCAGGAGGACUCAUUGAAUAACCCAAUUGACAUGGUAGUUGGUACCCCUGGAAGGAUUCUUCAACAUAUUGAGGAUGGCAACUUGGUUUAUGGUGACAUCAAAUACUUGGUCUUGGAUGAAGCAGAUACUAUGUUUGAUCGUGGCUUUGGCCCAGACAUUCGCAAGUUUCUUGCCCCAUUAAAGAAUCGUGCUUCGAAGCCUGAUGGCCAAGGAUUCCAAACUGUGUUGGUCUCUGCCACAAUGACAAAGGGAGUGCAAACACUGAUUGAUGAGGAGUUCCAAGGAAUACUACAUUUGCGCACAUCCUCACUGCAUAAGAAGAUUGCAUCUGCUCGUCAUGAUUUCAUCAAGCUUCCUGGUUCUGAGAAUAAGAUGGAAGCACUAAUGCAGGUUCUUGAACCAAGUUUAGCAAAGGGAAACAGAGUAAUGGUGUUCUGCAACACAUUAAAUUCCAGCCGUGCUGUGGAUCACUAUCUCACCGAAAAUCAGAUCUCCACUGUGAAUUACCAUGGUGAGGUUCCAGCAGAACAAAGGGUUGAAAAUCUCAAGAAGUUCAAGAGUGAUGAUGGAGAUUGCCCAACAUUGGUCUGCACAGACCUAGCUGCAAGAGGACUAGACUUGGAUGUAGACCAUGUUAUCAUGUUUGAUUUUCCCUUGAAUUCUAUUGACUACCUUCAUCGUACCGGAAGAACAGCUCGCAUGGGUGCAAAAGGGAAAGUGACGAGUUUGGUGACUAAGAAGAACCUCAUGCUAGCUACUCGUAUCGAGGAGGCGUUAAAGAAGAAUGAGAGCUUAGAAUCUCUGAGUGUAGAUAGUGUCAAGAGGGAUGUUGCCCGUGCCCGCAUUACUCCACAAAAGGCGAGCAAUCCAAAAUUUACAAGAGUCUCAAAUCAGAAAUCCAAAAGCAGACCAUCAGGAACAAAAUAUGCCAAGACGUCUGGUCGGGCAUCAAAGCCAGUAAGAGCUGUGAAGUCUUCCAAAACAGAUAGCUCUAAGAAAGCUUUUUCUUCUGGGAAGAGGCCAUCAGAAAUCAGAAGGUCAACUGCAGUAAAAUCAUCUGCUUCAAAGUUGAGUGUUGUUGGGUUUAGGGGAAGGACUUCUUGGUCUGACAAGAAAGAUAAGAAAGAAUCAUCAGUGUCCAACUGAUCGAUCACCUUUGCACCAAAACCCUCUUUAAGUAUAGUUGAGCAUAUUAUUAACGUUGUGCCAGGUGCUUUAAUUUACUAACAGAAUAUUGGUGGCAACUUUCAAUUUUGAUUUCCUUGUCCACUAAUUCAUUAGGUUGUAUACUCAAUGCAUAGUAGAUUUCAGGCUGCUAUUAUCGAAUACUCAAAUUACAUUGUAUGCUAUAUAUCUUGUCAAACAUGACAUUUCAGUUCGUACU